CUCGUGCCGAAGCUUGGAGCUGCCGUCAAACGUUGGCAGUAUAUUUUGAAGUUCAAGUUCAGACACAGACAAUUAGCUCUAAGUUGAUUGUUAUAGUGAUUCCAAUUUCCCCACAAAAAUCUCUUCUAGAGUCCCGAUACACCAUGUCCCGGAGGUCUUAUGAGGUGGUCGAAGGAUUCUUUGUGCAAGAACUUGGCGCUCGUUACGGUCAAGGCGAAGCUCUUCCUGCUCGGUUUGGGCUGAUAGAUCGUUCCGAGGAUAGAUGGAAGACGCUCAGAGAAAAGAUUGACCAGCUUAAUACGUCUUCUCCCGUCAGCACGCAGUACAAGGUGUUUUUCGUGGGCAGACACGACAACGUAGCCGAGGCGAAGUAUGGCACGGAGAGAUGGAACAACUAUUGGUCGAAGGAAAACGGCGAUGGAGAAUUGAUCUGGGGACAAUUGACGACACUUGGCAAGGGUCAAGCAGAAGCGGCCCAUAACGCAUGGAAAGAAGAACGUAGAUUUGACAUUCCCCUUCCGGGGAAGCUCUACUGCAGUCCUCUGACACGAGCUAUCCAUACAAACAAGAUAACAUUUGACUCCAUUAUACCGGAUUCGCAGCGAACCAUGAUCAUCGAGAACCUUAGAGAAACAACUGGCGUCCAUACCUGUGAUAAGCGAAGAACACGCACUUAUAUCGAACAAACUUUCCCUAACUUCGACAUAGAAAAGGAGCUCGCAGAAGAGGACGAACUAUGGGACCCUGAAGUGAGAGAAACCCACACACAAAUCGAUGUCCGAAUGAGGCACGUACUGGAAAUGAUUUUUGACAGGGACCAGGAUCAAUUCAUCUCGUUCACUGCUCAUGGGGGCAUCGUUAGUGCAAUGCUGCGGGUCGUGAACCACAAACAAUACAUUUUACCCACUGGAGGGGUUAUACCGAUGGUUGUCAAAUCGUAUAUAUCUUAGAAUUGCUUGGGGAAGUCAUUGCUCGAUACUUUGAGGAUGAUACCACACAGUGGUUGGAGAAGCGCCGCUGAAUCGUACCCUGAUAUUGCUUUUGUCCUGCUGGAUCUGAAACGAACGUUCACACUG